AUGGAUAAGAAGUGGAUGUCUGCCAAUCACCUAUCUAAAGAAUAUUGGGAUGGGGUGGCAGAAUUUGUUAAGUUUGUGGUAAACAAUGCAAAAAAUCAUGAGCGAAUUGUUUGUCCUUGUUUAAGUUGUCGCAAUGUGAUGUCAGUUUCUCUUGAGACAUGUGAACUUUACUUGUUUAAAUAUGAAAUUGAUCAAAGUUAUAAGUAUUGGGUAAAGCAUGGGGAGACACCUGAAGAUGUGAAUAAUAGUAGCCAAGGGUAUAUGGAAAGUUGUUCAUCACCACCAUCUUUUGACACAAAUGCAAAUGAGGCCGAUUGUCUUGAAGAAUUAAUUGAUACGAUAGAAGAGGAACUCGAGAAUUUUCCAGAGAAGUUAGAAAGGUUGAAAACUAAUGCGGAGACACCUUUGUACGAGGGUUGUAUUGAGUUCACUUUAUUGUCCGCUGUGUUAGAAUUGUAUAACUUGAAAGAAACAAGUGGGUGGAGUGAUACAAGUUUUUCAAGCUUGCUCUCUCUAAUCAAACUAAUGCUAUCGAAGAAUAAUAAGCUUCCAGGUCGGCUAUAUGAUGCAAAGAAGGUGUUACGCAUAGUUAGCCUGAGCUAUAAGAAGAUGCAUGCUUGCCUUAAUAAUUGUAUUUUGUUUAGAAAUGAAUAUGAAGAGCUAACCCACUGUCCUAAAUGUGAGACAUCAUGUUAUAAGCAAAAUGGGAAGAGUGCGAAGAAGGCAAUGUGGUAUUUUCCUAUUAUUCUAAGAUUUAGGCAUUUGUAUAGCAUACGUCAAGAGGCAAAAAAUUUAAAAUGGCAUACAUAUGGAAGGAUUAAAGAUGAUAAGAUUCGGCAUCCAGCUAAUUCUCCAGAAUGGAUAAGGUUUGAUCGGAAGUACCCUGAGUUUGGAAAAAAAGAUAGGAACCUACGCCUCGCAUUAUCUACUGAUGGGAUGAACCCACAUGAUGGUUGGGUGACAAACAUCGAUAUUGUUGGUGGAAAAAGUCUUUUGAUGGAAAAAAAAGAAGAGAGGCCACCAAAGCAGUUGACUGGUGAGGAAUUAUUUGAAAAGGUAAAAGACCUUGAUAUUGAAUUUGGCAAACUAUUUGCGAAGCAUGUUGGGAUAAGCAGGUGGAAGAAAAGAUCAAUUUUUUUUGAGUUUCCAUAUUGGAAGACUUUGAAUGUGCGACACUUCCUUGAGUUAAUGCAUAUUGAGAAAAAUGUGUGCGAUAGUCUUGUUGGGAUGUUGCUUCAUAUUCUAGGAAAGACGAAGGAUGGCAUCAAUGCAAGGUUAGACAUGGUUGAAAUGGGCGUAAGAGGAGAAUUGGCAUCGCAGGAGAAGAGAACUUGCACAUUUCUUCAAGCAGCAACUCACACACUAUCUAGAAAAGAAAAGAAAAGUUUAUGUGAGUUUCUUGCUACAAUCAAGGUUCUACAUGGCUACUCUUCAAAUGUUAGAAACCUUGUCUCAAUGAAAGACCUAUAG